AUGAAUUUGACGUGCAAACAAAUCCGAGCGUUUGUAGACGGACACAACUCCAGAAGACUCCAGCUGGCGAAGGGUCAAGUUCCCGGACAGCCUCCCGCAUCAGGGAUGAAGUUAAUGAUGAUGACAAUAACUUUUGCGGCGUUGUUUUCGGCGGUAUUGGGACAGCCACGCGUUAUCGAGCCACCGAUACGAGUAGAUCUGCAGCCGCCCGAUUCAGCCCGGCAUCUCUCUACGAGGGCCGUGUUCGAGAGCUGGCUUACGAUGCCCACUGACCACUUCGGCCCACAGAAUGCGGACACAUUUCAAAUGCGGUACAUGUACAACGAACAAUUCUUUGGUGGGGAGGGCUAUCCUGUCUUCAUAAUGGUGGGCGGUGAGUGGACUAUCGCUGCGGGCUGGCUUUUAACUGGUAAUAUGUAUUUGAUGGCGCAGGAGAACCGUGGAUACCUCAUCUAUACAGAACAUCGCUAUUACGGACAGACGCUGCCGUAUAAUGAAUUCACUGCGGAGAAUCUGCGUUUUCUGAAUGUCGAUCAGGCGUUAGCAGAUUUAGCGUAUUUCAUUCUAGAACUAAAGAAGCAAGCUCGAUUUGCCGACAGCAAAAUAAUCCUCUACGGCGGUUCUUAUGCUGGCAACAUGGCUUUAUGGUUUAAGCAGCGAUAUCCUCAUUUGGUUGAAGGAGUUGUAGCUUCUAGUGGUCCUAUCAAAGCAAAAGUCGACUUCGAUGGUUAUUUAGAAGUGGUUCAUGACGCGUUCUUGUCGGAAGGUGGCGACCAAUGUAUAUCAACUAUAAGACAGGGAAUAGCGGAUACUGUCGCAGCUAUGCAGACUGAAGCUGGUAGACGAUCUUUAGAGGAAGCCUACAGGCUAUGCUCGCCGCUGGACUACGAUAAUCGUCUCGACAUGGGGUACUUCUCUGGACUCAUUACGUGGACUUUCUCAACGUCAGUGCAGCAGGCCCGUCCAGGCACGCUUUUGAACAUCUGUAACAAUUUCGCCACCGAGAUUUACGGGGCAACACCAAUGGAGAAAAUCGGCGGGUACAUAGCAGCAGCCAACAACCUGGGAACAUCCUGUUGGACGGUUACCUACGAUGUUUUUCUCAACCAUUACAAUGUAACGCGAUCAAAUUCCCGAGCGUGGUACUACCAAACGUGCACUGAGUACGGAUACUUCCAAAUUGCACCGCAAUCUGGCACAGUCUUCGACCAGUUGGAAUGGCUCGAUGUUGCUUUUUAUGUCGACGUCUGCAAACAAGCUUACGAUCAAAGAUUCGACGAAACUUUUAUAUUCGAUGCUGUCGAUCGAGUUAAUCUCAUAUUUGGCGGACUGGAGCCAGACGUGAACAGCACCAUCAAUAUACACGGCACUGUCGAUCCCUGGCAUGCCCUUGGCGUGUAUGACCAAGAUUUGAAGGAGGGGUCACCGACAUACACGGUACCAAGAGCGUCACACUGUUUCGACAUGCUAGGCUGGCAAAGCACUGACACAAUCAAAAUGACCCGUGCCCAGCAAGCGGCAAGAAGAUUGGUCGCGAAGUGGUUAUCUUCA